UCAUAAACUCUAACCUUAACCAUAACUCUUACCCUGAACCUUUUUUAAAUUUCAACUUCAAUGGGUAGGGACCAUUGUGUAAGGACGUCCCAAGGAUACCAGAUAUAGCACCGACCGAAGAAGAAGAAGCAGCUCGCAGGGCGUGGUGGGAUAGGAAGACUUUCUCAGUGGCGGACCGAGUACAGUGCCCCAGCUGGCUCGUUGCAGAGAAGAUGGCUGCAGUGUGGAUUUUCAGGCCAGUGUCUGAAAACACUGCACUGUUGGUAAUGUUUCACCACGGCUAGCCUUCGUGUCGCCCCUUUUAUUUAGUCGUUUUUUUUUUCUCCCAAGGAGAUAAAACAAUGGGGUCUCAAACUCUACAGAUCCUCAGGCAAGGGGUCUGGGCUUCAAUCACAGGCGGAUGGUACUAUGAUCCCCAUCAAAAUACAUUUGUCAAUGCUCUACACCUCUACCUCUGGCUAUUCCUACUAUGUUUCCCCUUCACGCUUUACAUGGCACUCCCGCCCACCAUGGUGAUAGUAGGGAUCUACUGUGGUGUGAUAGCUGGUAUGUUCCUGCUGCUGAAGACUGUGAACUACCGGCUGCAUCAUGCCCUGGACGAGGGAGAGGUGGUGGAACACCGGGCCAAGGAGAAAGAGAGCAACAGAACCAGCAGCGAGGGGGCCAACGAGGGAGACGCCACACGGCAGGAGGACAGCAAUGGACCAGGGGACCCUGGUGGGGGUCUAGAGAUGGCAGACUUCAUUCGAGACGAGACUCCACCAGUAGACUGCAGCUCCAGAAACUCUUAUACAGGGAUGGACUCCAGUCACCAGAUUGCGUCCGCCAACGGCCAUGGAGGAACCACGACAGCCAAAGACAUGAUGUCUGACCCAAAGAUUUACUGCCUUGUCUCCAGCCACUCCUUCGCCUCCAUGCAGCCCUCCACCUCCCUUGGCCCCUCCGAGCUCUCCUGCGACCCUGCAAACCAUUGUGGCUCCGCCUCCCAUCCCUUCAGCCAAUCCAUGUCCUCUUGCGACACAGAGGGGUCGGCCCACACCCCCGGGUUACACUCCCAGUCCUUCAGGAAGGAGCCUCGUACCCGGGGUCUACCCCGCACCUCCAGUUCUGCUGGAUCAGCCUUCCCCGACCCCUCCCUGCCCUCAGCUGACUUCAGCCUCUACCCCCCUCCUUGGAGAGGGGGCCUGGACCCGGUGUGUGAGCUGGAAGCUGCCAGACCCCGCCGGCCAGGGGCUGAAGCUGGAGGACAGGGGAAUAAGGAGGGGGCUGCGGCUGAAAGGCUCUGCCAGCAGCAUCCGGACCAGGCCUCUACCUCUGGCUGCUCUACAGCCUGCUACAGACACCAGCAGGUAUCCUGCAGACUAGGGCUGGCAGGGGAGGGGGGGUCAGGUUUGUACCAGGCCUCUACCUCUGGCUGCUCUACAGCCUGCUACAGACACCAGCAAGAAUCCUGCAGACUAGGGCUGGCAGGGGAGGGCGGGUCAGGUUUGUACCAGGCCGACCAGGGUGGUGGUGGGGGGAAGGUCAGUGCAGACAGCCUCCGCAGCCUGAGCACACGUAGCAGCGGCUCCACAGAGAGUUACUGCAGCGGGACUGACAGAGACACCAACAGCACAGUCAGCAGCUUCCACAGCGAGCAGACCAGCUCCACGCACGUGGAGAGUUUACUGUCCCUGUCAGGGGAUGAGCAGCGCGGGACAGGGAGGGAGAGGGGAGGUGGGGAGGCUGCUGCUACUGGGCCCGGGUCCACCUCAACAGGGGAGGGCAGGACUUCUACUCUGGGGUCCAGCCUUGGUUCUAGCAUCUCAAGAGGACUGAACAGCCUGCCUUCCAGGGAGGCUAAUAAGAACCCUCAUGCCAAUGAGCUAACAGCCAAACAGCCCUCCUCCUCCGCCACGUCCCCCUCUAUCACCAACCCCCCAGCCUCGGGCCAGGACCCUCCAGCAGGCCCCUCCUACAGCAGUAGCAUGAGGACCAGUGCUGAUGGCUCGGCCUGCACAGUCAGCAGGGAACAGGACUGGGACGUGAAAUCCGCCACCCUCGUCCAACGAACUUCUUCCUCCUGGGAGCCGCGCAACAGCGGGCGCCGCCGGACCGGUAAGAAACGGGCGAGCAGCUUCGAUGCCAGCCGUCACCGGGACUACGUGUCUUUGCGCGGCAUGGCCAAGCCGCGCAGUGCGGUAUUCGCUGCCGGGGGUGGAGAGGAGGAGUGGAGCGAAGCCAGUGAUCUUAGCUGUGCCUCAAGCCUUCAGUCCACCCAAUCACAUCACUUCAGCACGGACUCCUCCUCCUCCACCACUUCCCACUCCUGCCACUCCCCCGAGGGACGCUACCGUGCCCUGAAAGUCAAGCACAGCCACUCCCACAGCCACUCCCACACAGCCGCCACCACAGCCUCCACCUCCUCCUCUUCACAGAAAGCCCAGGCUGAAUAUGAGAUGGGAGGAGGGAGGGCCGGGGGAAGAGGCAAGCGUCGCACCUCUGGUCGGACACCCAGCACGGGCAGCGCCAAAACCCACGCCCGGGUGCUGAGCCUGGACAGCGGCACGGCGGCGUCCGCCUGCCUUAACGACCCCCACCGCCUGGGGGCCCCCGCCGCCGGGCUCCGACCCCUCACCACCUCCAAAUCUGACCUGGAAGCCAAAGAGGGGGAGGUCCUGGACGCUGCGUCCCUAUUGGGCAGGGCCUCACAGCUGGAGUCAGUAACCAGGUCCAGGAAUAGUCUACCCAGCCAGACAGCCUUCUCUUCAGAGCCCCUGGACGCUCCCACCGCCGGCCCUUCACGAGCCCCCGGAAACGAGGACACGGUGACGUUUCGGCGUGAGCGUAGUACGUUCCGUCGGCAGGCAGUGCGGCGGCGGCACAACGCGGGGACUAACCCCACGCCCCCCUCCUCCCUCAUCGGAUCACCUCUCAGUCUUCAGGAGGCUCUCAGCCAGGCCUCCCAGCCUUCUACUUCCCAGGUGAAAGGUCAGCCGUCCAGAACCCCGUCCCAGGUGACCGUGCUGAGCGCUAGCGCCUCCCUGCUGGCCAGGAAUGGAAGUGCACAUCUGGAGGGCUCUCAGGACAAGGCCUCUACCGUAGGCACUACCAGCCUGCAGGAUGACUUCGGGAAGAACACUUCCUCCUUGUACGAGGCGGAAGGAUGUGACAUGUCCCUGGUUAACUUUGAACCUGCAACACGACGCGCCUCCAAUAACAUAUGGGACACUGACUCCCACCUCUCCAGAUCUACCUCAGUUCGCUUUUACCCUCAUGACCUGAUCCGUCUGAACCGUCUCCUAACCGUUGACCCAGAGUUGUUAGAUCAGCAGGAUGUCGACCUGAGCCCAGAGCUCCAGGAUGCUCCUCUAGACCUGGAGGACCAGGCCACGGCUACAGCACGCCAGGCCAAACAGCACUACCGCUUCUGGCUGCUGCCUUACCUGUGGGUCGGCCUGCACUUUGACAGACUCACUCUGUUGGCUCUGUUUGACAGAAACCGUGAGGUUCUGGAAAACAUCCUAUCAGUGGCGCUUGCCGUCCUGGUGGCCUUUCUGGGGUCAAUCCUAUUGGUCGGUGGUUUCUUCACUGAUAUCUGGGUUUUCCAGUUCUGCCUCGUCAUCGCCAGCUGCCAGUACUCACUACUCAAGAGUGUUCAACCGGACUCUUCUUCUCCUCGACAUUCUCCUCUCUCUCUCUCUCUCCCUCUCUCCCGUGUCUCUCUCCUCUCUCUCUCUCUCUCUCUCUCCCGUGUCUCCUCUCUCCCCAGUAACCUGGAGUCCUUUCUGUAUGGUCUCCACGCGCUGUUCAAGGGAGACUUCCGGAUCUCCUCGGUGAGAGAUGAGUGGAUCUUUGCCGACAUGGAGCUCCUGAGGAAGGUGGUGGUGCCUGGGAUACGCAUGUCACUCAAACUACACCAGGACCACUUCACGUCUCCAGAUGAAUAUGACGAGCCGGUGGUUCUUUUCCAGGCCAUCUCGUCUCACCAGCAGAACCUGGUGAUCGCCCACGAGGGUGACCCGGCCUGGCGUAGCGCCGUGCUCUCCAACUCGCCCUCACUGCUAGCCCUGCGCCACGUCCUGGACGAGGGAACCAACGAGUACAAGAUUAUCGUCCUCAACAGACGAUACCUCAGCUUUAGGGUCAUCAAGGUGAACAAGGAAUGUGUCCGUGGGUUGUGGGCGGGACAACAGCAGGAACUGGUUUUCUUACGGAACAGGAACCCAGAACGAGGAAGCAUCCAGAACGCCAAACAGGCGUUACGCAACAUGAUCAACUCCUCGUGUGACCAGCCCAUUGGAUACCCCAUCUACGUGUCGCCCCUGACUACGUCCUAUUGCAACUCACACACACAGCUAGGUCACAUCCUGGGAGGACCAAUCAGCAUUGGCAAUAUAAGGAACUUAAUCGUCAGUACCUGGCACAGAUUGCGUAAGGGCUGUGGAGCUGGCUGUAACAGUGGUGGGAACAUUGAGGAUUCUGAUGCAGGGGGGUUGUCCUGCACCAGUGGUAAUGGUACAGCGCUGAGCGGUGACUCCCAGCAGAGCUCGGUGUCCCAGGGGGGGCUGUCAAGACCGGCCGCUCCCCUGGCCUACCAGCCACACAAUAUGAGUGAGCACCACCACCACGUACACCAGGGCUGGGGGACCAGUCAGAGCUCCCAGUCGGUCCAGUCUGGUCUUGUGCAUCACUCUCCAGCCCGAGCCUCCGUAACCAGCCAGUCUUCAUCGUACCGCUAUAACAGCAGUCGCCACUCGUCUCUCCGUACCUCAGCCACUGGCCUGGAGCCCUGCCGGCGCUACUCUACCAGCCAACUGUCCCACCGUACCCUCCCCACCUCCCUACAGCUUCGCCUGGGCUCCGGGUCGUCCUCGGACCCUGCUGGCCCCUCUGCCUCGCUCUCCUCCCACAGUAUCCCGCCCUGUAAGAGACACACCCUGGUAGGCCUGCUGGGUAACGACGGGCUGGGUAGUGGCGCCGUGGUGGACCCGCUGGACCAACACGUCCCGGCUCUGACCGCAGUGCGGCGAGACGACAUCUCCUACAGAGUGCAGAUCGUGGAUGUGAGCCAGGUGCUGGAGAUCAUUAACCUGUCGAAGCGGAAGGAGCUGCAAUGGCCUGACGAGGCGGUGAGGCUGAGGGCAGGACGCAGCUGCUGGAGGGACUGGAGCCCCCUGGAGGGCAUGGAGGGACAUGUGAUUCACCGGUGGGUGCCUUGUAGCCGUGACCUCACCAGCCGCUCCCAUAUAGACAAGACCAUCCUGCUGGUUCAGGUGGAUGAUAAACUGGUCCCCAUCGUAGAGACUGGGGUCAUAGAGCUGGGGGCCGAGGUCUGAGCCACUGGUUCAGGUGGAUGAUAAAACUGUCAUAGUCUUGGACUUGGUCGAAAGAGAAAUGCUUGUUUUGAAACCUGGGAUGAAUACGGUCUGCCCUAAUGAGACUACACCCUAGUCCUCCUGGGAGUAACCCAGUCACGAGUUAGAGGUCAGGGUUCACCUUACUGCAGGCCAAAGAGCAGACCAGCCUGCUGACUCUCUCUGUCCUCUCCUCUGUCCUCUCUCUUCCAUCCACUCUCCUCUCUGUCCUCUCUCUUCCGUCCACUCUCCUCUCUGUCGUCUCUGUCCUCUCUCUUCCAUCCUCUGUCCUCUCUGUUGUCUCUGUCCUCUGUCGUCUCUCUUCCAUCCUCUGUCCUCUCUCUUCCAUCCUCUGUCCUCUCUGUCGUCUCUGUCCUCUGUCGUCUCUCCUCCGUGACCCGGAAACCGAUGAGUGGUCGAGGAGUGUGUCAGUUCGUUAGUAGGCGAACGGAAGACUGUCCUCCCCUCGUCUAAGCCUCCUUUUGACGAGGAAGCACAAGUGUAUCCUACAAACGGAAGAGCUUGGAUAUCUGCCACACACCCUUUUGAAUCAGCUGUUGUAUUGUCAGAGGAGAAAAGCACGGACACGUUUUAAAAAAAAAAAACGAUAUGCUAUUUAUCCUUUAUCUAGAAAAUGUAUUUGCAUAAUUAACUUCAUUCGUAUUUAUCAUGUAACACAUUUAUUUUGGAAUCCACCCCUGUAAACGUCAUUCGCCUGAUGGAACAGGAGUGGGAAAAAGGGACAAUUUCAUUUCAUUCAAGCGCAUUUUCGUCCACUUUCCCCUCUCCCUCGCCUCCUCGAUUUGACCUUUUUUCAAAAGGAGAGAGGCCGCAGGAAGAAAAGGCUCAUAUCUACAUUCAAAAUGGCACCGUAAUUUCCAUACUGUUUAGGACAAACUAUUUGUUUGAGGGGAAAGAGAAUCCAGGGACGAGUGGUGGUGGAGGAGACGGAUGACAGUCCACACAUCUACAGUCCACACAUCUACAGUCCACACAUCUACAGUCCACACAUCUACAGUCCACACAUCUACAGUCCACACAUCUACAGUCCACACAUCUACAGUCCACACAUCUACAGUCCACACAUCUACAGUCCACACAUCUACAGUCCACACAUCUACAGUCCACACAUCUACAGUCCACACAUCUACAGUCCACACAUCUACAGUCCACACAUCUACAGUCCACACAUCUACAGUCCACACAUCUACAGUCCACACAUCUACAGUCCACACAUCU